GGCGCGGGGCGGAGAGGCGUCGCCAUGGGGGUGCACGGCGUCAAGGCUGUCUUCUUCGACCUGGACAACACGCUGGUGGAUACGGCGGCGGCCGGGCGCCGCGCCAUCGAGGAGGUGGUGAACGCCCUCCGCUCCAAGCACCACUGCGGGGAGGGAGACGCCCGCGGCAUCUGCGACAAGGUGCAGGCGAAGCUCCUCAAGGAGUGCCACGACCCCGCCAAGACGUGCAUCACCGAGCUGCGGAUCUCGCACUGGGAGGAGGCGAUCCAGGAGACCAUCGGCGGCGAGGCCAACCGCAGCCUGGCCGCGGAGUGCUACUUCUUGUGGAAGGCCACCCGGCUGCGGCACCUGACGCUGGCCGAGGACACGCGGGGCAUGCUGACCGAGCUGCGCAAGGCCGUCCGCCUGCUGCUCCUCACCAACGGCGACCGGCAGACGCAGCGCGAGAAGAUCGAGGCGUGCGCCUGCCAGCCCUACUUCGACGCCAUCGUGGUGGGAGGCGAGCAGAAGGAGGAGAAGCCCGCGCCGUCCAUCUUUCACUACUGCUGCGACCUCCUGGGCGUGCAGCCGGCCGAGUGCGUCAUGGUGGGGGACUCUCUCGACACAGACAUCCAGGGAGGGCUGAACGCCGGCCUGAGAGCGACCGUCUGGUUAAACAAGUCGAUGGCGGCCCCGGCCGAUGCCUCGCCGGUGCCUCACUACGUCAUUUCGUCCGUUCUCGACCUGCCGGCGGUGCUGCAGAAGAUAGAGCACAAGGUGAAGUUAGGGACGGACCGUGCGGCGGGCGGCACCGAGGCACGCUGAGGGCUGCGGCGCGGCAGGGAGCUGUUGGCUGUGCUCCUGAUAAAAAUCUGACCCUAGGGUUUGCAACUCGUGUACUUCAUGUUUUUCUUAAGCAGUGGGUGGGCAAGAGCAAGGUUUUCAGUGGAACCGGGGUAAAAACAGAGUAUUGGGUUCAUAUAAAAGAUGCAAGCGCAGUUAGCUUAAAAUAACUGCCUGUAUCUGGAAAUUACUUUGACAGACUGGCUAAAACGUGUUUGUCUCUGAUGGAAGUCCCUUGUUUCUAUGCUGGAAAAGAAAACUGGAAUGUUUUGAUCAUUCAGUGGCAGUUAUUUGCCUUGCUGACCUGUAAGUUCAGCAGAAGUUCAGUUCAAACCUUGCCUGCAGCACAUUAAAAACAUGAAAGUGAGGUGUUACGCAACUUGCAGACCUUCACAGUCCAUCUACAGCUUAUCUCAGAAACUGAAGUGAGUUUUGCUAUUCCUGAGAUCAGAAUUUAUUGAUAGAACUUAUGUAGCAAACCAGUAGGAAGUGAUUUUCUCUGAUCCCUUUUCAAGUUGUAGCAUUUUUUUCAGUCUUUGCAGUGACUUUUAUGGAAUCUGUACCUGUUGCUAAAAGUACUUCAGUGUACACACGGAUUUGCAUUUGUACGGGGGACCAUUUAUCAGAGGAACUCAAUGGAUAAGUUUUUACUUUAUAUCAUCUUGGUGCUGCAAAUAAGCAGUGUGCUUGUAAAUCAUACGAUGAUUUUUGUUGGAACAUAAUUGAUACAACAGGGAUAUUUUCAAUGAUCAUCUUACUGUACCGUAACUUCUUUGGCAGCUCAUAUUACUGUUCUGUCUGAUUUUAUUAUGGAAUUUUGAUCAGACUCACUGGAGAAACUGUUUUUGGUCUUGCUCAGGAAUAUGACCACUCAGAUUCAGCUGCAGCAUCAGUGCUUUUUUUUUUUGACUGUUUGAAUAGCACUGCUAUACAAUCCCUCCUUUCCACUUGUGUUUCAUGUGAUUUAUUCUGGAGAAGGUGUUAGUUGUUUGUAAAUGGCUUUCGUGACGCUUUUCCAUGAAAGUGGAAAACUUGGAAAAUGGUGUCAUGUGUACAAUUACAGUGCUGUGUACAAUUUCUUAAUGUGUAUGUGCAUUUGGUGGAACAUUUGAAACUAGAUGUUACAGAGAUGACCCUCUGAAACACCAAGAUUUCUCUCUCCCAGAUUAUUAUCUUAAUAAUUUAAAUUUGCUGUACUUCACAUACUUAAUACAAAAGAAAUAAGAAUUUUGGGUGAAUGUACAUAAGAAAUGUAUCAAUUUAAAUUCAUGUAAACAAAGGUACAUUUCUUCUAUACAACUAAGAAAGUUUCACAUAGUGUCAUGGAUUCUGUUCAGAGGAGGGUGUUAAUCUGCAUUAAAUUACUUGGCAAUAAGUUUAAUUUCCAUGAAACCAAGUUUCUCCAACGUUGAAAUAGAUUGACGCGUUAAUGCAAGCUUGAAUCUCUUUCAUCAAAUUAAUUCUUAAAAAUGAUGGAACCAUCCACAUUCUUAAUGUCAUCUAGCCAAGACCUUUAAGAUGCUAGGAUGACUGAGUACAGAGGCAGGCUCUGCUUGUACCUAUGAGGAAACAGGCGUAAGCCACAAGUGAAUUGCCACGUGUAACAUGAGCCAGUGGGACUGACUGGACAUGCCUUUGUUACUGGAGUAAGAAGCCUAAGUUAAGAUUUCGUUUUGCCAUUGAAAGUAUGAAAACAGUCACUGGUGUAAAGCUUAUGACCAAAACAUUGCUAAUGACAUUCCUUAUAAUGAAAGACUAAGAGAAAAAUAACGAAGGUCAUUGAGCCCGCCAGGAAUAUUGCUUAAAAGUGGAAGUGUAUCCAAAAGGUUAGAUGGAUCCCUGGAAAGAUAACUUAGUUGAAGUAAUCUGCUUUGACCGUACUGAAGGAAAACAACUUUGUUUACAACAGCAUCCCAGAGUAGAAGCAAUUUAACUGCACUGCUUGCAUGGCAUCAGGCUGACAGAACUUGUGUCAGAAUGAGGUUUCUGACCCAGCUGUGAUGUAAAAUAAUAAAUAGAAGUAAUUCACAGUUCUGUUUGUCGGCUGGAAGGAUAUUUAUUUACCAGAUUACCAUUUCUUAAUGUAAGUUGAGGCUUGUAUUUUCUUGCU